GCCUCCGCGGCAGAAGCAAGAUGACGAAAGGAACGUCAUCCUUUGGAAAGUGUCGCAAUAAGAUGCACACGCUUUGCCGCCGCUGUGGCUCUAAGGCCUCCCACCUUCAGAAGUCGACCUGUGGCAAGUGUGGCUACCCAGCCAAGCGCAAGAGAAAGGAUAACUGGAGUGCCAAGGCUAAGAGACGAAACACUACCGGGACUGGGCGGAUGAGGCACCUGAAAAUUGUCUAUCGAAGAUUCAGACAUGGAUUCUGUGAAGGGACAACACCGAAACCCAAGAGGGCGGCUGUUGGCAGCUGCUGCAGCAUCCGGUUCAUCUUGAGGAUUUCAGGAGAGAGGGAGACCAGCCGAGCACUAGCAUCCCUUACCCUCUGCUUCCUGACUUUGAAUGACAGCUGCCAUCGCUACCUUGACCCCAUGGUGGACUACACCCUUAUCUGUGGCCCAAGAUAG